UCUAUAUCUUUAUAUUUCUUCUUCCUCUUCUUUUACUUUCUAAUCUAAAAUAACCACACUAGAUGGACUCAAAGGCAAUUUGGUGACCAUCAAACUCAGAACUCUAUAAAAAUUGCCAAUCUCAUAUGGAUUUAAGGUGAGGCCACACCCAUUUCACUGUCGAUGGUUAUAUUGAGGGCAAGCUUUUUCUGUAGAAUCGCUUCAUUCACAAGUAUAGCUAAGUAUGAGCGUAUUGCGGACGCAUGCCAUUUGUCUGACAAAAUGCCUCAGCGAGACGUAUCAUCCUGGAACCGUUUAAUUACAGGGUAUGCGAAAACUGGAGAUUUAGAGAAUGCACGCUUAGUGUUUGAUGGAAUGCCUGAACGAGAUGUGGUGUCUUGGACUGCUCUGAUUUCGGGAUAUGAUCAGUAUGGGUUCAGCAGCGAUGCCCUGAAACUAUUUUCUCGGAUGGUAUUCUCGGGAGUAAAACCGAAUCAAGUCACACUUGUUAGCACUCUCAGUGCGUGCGCCCGGCUAUUAUCUGUAAACCAAGCAAAACAAGUGCAUGCAUACUCUAUUGGAACUGGUUUUGAAUCUAGUAUCUUUGCUGCGAAUGCACUUAUCAAUGCAUAUGCAAAAUGUGGAAGUCUAGAAGAUGCACGUCAAAUGUUUGAUAAAAUGCCUGAACGGGAUGUUGUCUCCUGGUGUACCAUGAUGGGAGGAUAUGCCGAAAAUCAGCUGGGUAAGAAGGCUAUGGACCUCUAUUGUAAAAUGACGAAGGAUUAUGUAAAGCAAAAUCACGUUUCCUUAAUCACUGUCCUGACUACCUGUGGGAGUUUAGCAGCAUUAGUACAGGGUAAAAUGGUCCAUGCUCAAGUUGUUAGGACAGGAUUCCAUAUGAACUCCGUUGUUGGAAAUGCCGUUGUUGAUAUGUAUACCAAAUGUGGAGCCAUGAGAGAAGCUCAUCGACUAUUUGAUAAAAUGUUUGGAAGCGAUAUUGUGUCAUGGACUACGAUGAUGGUGGGCUUUGUUCAGAAUGGUUAUAGUGAGGAAGCUUUGAAACUAUAUAAGAAAUUGCUAUGGACAGAUGUUAAACCAGAUCCAUUCACCUUUGCAAGUAUCCUGGGUGCUUGUGCCAACUUGAUAAUGUUAGAGCUAGGAAAGCAACUCCAUGCCCAUGUCAUUGGCACCGGACAUGAGAUGUCUGUAAGUGCGGCAAGCUCUCUUGUUACCAUGUAUUCCAAAUGUGGGAAUAUAGAUAAUGCAGCUCAAGUCUUUGACAAAAUAAACUGUAAGAAUUUGAUCUCAUGGAAUGCCAUGAUUGCUGGAUAUGCUCAUAAUGGAAAUGGUGAGGAGGCUCUACAACUCUUGGAAAUGAUGUUAGAAACCAAUAUAAAGCCAAACCAUAUCACUUUCCUUGGCAUUCUGUCUGCCUGCAGUCAUGCUGGAUUAGUGGAUGAAGGAUGCUAUUAUUUUGACAUGAUGAGAAGAGAAAAUAAUAUUUCGUUAACGAGUAACCACUAUGGCUGUAUGAUUGACCUACUAGGCCGUGCUGGGAGAAUGUACCAAGUUGAAGAUAUUGUCAACAACAUGCCCAUUGAACCUGAUGCGUCAUUGUGGCAAACAUUGCUUGGUGUCUGCAGCAUUCAUGGCAACGUGGAGCUGGGAGAACGUGCGGCAAAAAACUUAAUUCAGUUGGAACCCAAAAAUUCCUCAGCUUAUGCGCUAAUGUCAAAUGUAUAUGCUGCAGCCGGUAGGUGGAAAGAUGUGGCGAAGGUAAGGAAAAUGAUGAAAGACAGGGGACUGAAAACACUGCCAGGGUGCAGCUGGAUCCAAGUGAAAAACUGGGUCUAUACAUUUCUAGCAGAAGAUACAUCAACCCCACUACCAGAGGAAAUAUAUGCAAAUGACAAUGAUAUAGAAAUUGGCUAGCCAGAUGAAGGAAACAAGGUAUGUUCUUAUUUCAAGUUCUGUCGCUGCUGAAGAAGAGAUCAGGCAAUAGAAACUUUUCUAUCAAAGCAGAAGGCUAUCCAUUGCUUUUAGGGUUUGGGUUCUUCACCUAGCUAGCUGGAACAUCCAUAUGAAUUCCCAAAAGCCUUAAGAGUAAAUGGUCACUAUGACACUGCUAUUUGGAUACCAAAUAUUACUUCAAGAACAUUAUUGAAGGGAUACCAAAUGGGUACAUCACAUCAAUUACUGUUUAAAAAACCUGCGAGUUACUCACAGACUCGCGAGCCAAAAGUAUUCGGCUAUUUACCCGCCAGAAACUCGCCUGCGGAGUUAGAGUUCCCACGAGAAACUCACCUGCCUAGAUUUUAGCGAGUACCUGCCGAGUUCUCACGAGAAAUUCACGUCUAAUUUUGGGCAAGUACUCACCUAGUUUUGGGAAUUUUUGACCCCAGUACAUUUCAGAAACUCUCCAGCUAAAGGAAAAAAAUAAUGAAUUUCUUUCGAAAUUGUUUUUCAAAU